AUGAAUACGGCCUGGCCAUGCCGCUGGAAGCACGUGGUAUCCAGGGCUGCAGAUGCCCUGCCCCCACCCCGGCCAGGCCCCGAACCGCACGACGAUGGCGCCGAACAUAGUGGAGGCUUCGCUGGUCCUCGACGACAACUCCAACAUCCGCGAAGAGCCCAAGGCCCCCACUUCCCACCGCGCGCGCCGGCGCUCGUCGCACGGGAAGAGACAGCGGCCCGCCCGCUCCCGCCAGAUCGUCUGGAGGAACGUGCUGGCCUUCCGCUGGUGUACGCGCACUUGGCGGGGCUGGGCAUCACGGCCGGCGCGCACCGCCUGUGGGCGCACCGCUCCUACAAGGCGACGUGGCCGCUGCGCUUCUUCCUCAUGAUCUGCCAGACGAUCGCCUUCCAGAAUCACAUCUACGAGUGGGUGCGAGAUCACCGCGUCCACCACAAGUACACGGACACGGACGCCGACCCACACAACAGCAGGCGCGGCUUCUUCUUCUCGCACAUGGGCUGGCUCAUGCUGCGCAAGCACCCGCACGUUCGCGAGCGCGGACAGAAGCUGGACAUGAGCGACCUGGAGGCCGACUCCAUCGUCAUGUGGCAAAGAAGGUAUUACAUCCCCCUCAUGGUAAUGUGGUGUUUUGGCAUACCCUCAUGGAUUCCUUCGUUCUUUUGGGGAGAACAAUUGUAUGUGGCUUACUACGUGACUUUGGCUAGAUAUACUUUCCAACUCCAUGCAACAUGGCUAGUGAAUAGUGCAGCCCAUAUCUGGGGAAUGCGACCAUAUGACAAAAAUAUUAGCCCAACACAGAAUUUAGGUGUUGCAAUUGUAAGCCUAGGGGAGGGUUGGCACAACUAUCAUCAUGUUUUCCCCUGGGAUUACAAGACAGCUGAGUUGGGAAAUUAUGGUACGAAUAUGACAGCUGGAUUCAUAGAUUGCUGUGCCAAAUUAGGCCUUGCAUACAACCUGAAAUCUGUCGCAAAUGAAUAUAUUCGAAGAAGAGCUCAGCGCACGGGUGAUGGAAGCCACACCCAUGGGGGAGUUUGGGGUUGGGGAGAUAAAGACACAUCCAAAGAGGACAUAGCAGCUGUACACAUUUCACACCACAAAGAAUCUUAAAGAACGUUUGCCAAAACAUGGAAUCAUGGAAAAGUUAUUGUAUUUAGAGCUGAUUUACCAAGCAUAGAGGCACAGUUCUAAAACAAUGGAAAUCUUUCAAAGAAUGCCCUCCAUUCCAAAAAUGGAGACUUCCAGGAAGGAUAGAACUUAUGUGCCUAAAGUUUAAUCAGCAAAUUUAAAUAGAUCUCUAAACUAUGAAAGAGGGAUCUACAGAAAAGAACAUUUUUAAUUUGGUUUUGCAUUUGCAAUGUCAUUGCAGAAAGAUAUGCAUCACCCGGGAAACUGCGGUAAAUAACACAGCUGAUUACAUAAAAUGUGUCUUGAGUGAGUAUUUAGGAGAAACGCCAAAUGUCUGUGUUGUGAACAAGUGAGUGAAUAUUGGCAAUAUUCAAUUGACUAUAUUUUGAGUGACAGUGUUUAAAGAAAUUCAAAAAAUUAUUUU